AUGUGGUUUGACUAUGACAACAAGGGGAAUCCAAUGGGUGCAGUCUGCAAAUUGGAUGGGAACACAGUGAUGUUUGGCUACCCUGACAGCACAGUGGAUGCUGUGGCAGUGAUCUACCAUGGCCGUGACAAGGAGUCGGCUGCCUUCAAGGUUGGAUAUCAGGCUGCCAGACUCAUCAUGGCGAAGAUCAUCGAGAAGGGUGCUUUGCCUUCCUUGCUUCCUUUGAGUUCCGUGUCAGCUGCACGGACCUUCUCCGUGACAUCCUAUUAUGAGCUAGCUUUCCUCACAGAAAGAGGAACCGUCAGCGGAUUCCACCUGGCGAUGACUGGAAUGCCGUUGGGGCUCUUGAUGUCCUGCCGCAAGGUGAGGAUCAGCAGCAACUUGGCCGUGACCCAAUCUGAUGAGUUGAUGCGCCCAGACCUUCAAUGCAGAGCUGAACAGGCAGCGGACACCCUCAAGCUGGCCCUCCGCACCAACCAUGAAGGCCGGGCGACGCAGGAGAGAUGCAGUGGAAGGCAGCAUGUGCCACAGUUUGCAGCCCUCUUGGACAAAGCCAAUGAGAUCAAGAAGGCGUUUCGGGUUUGGCUUUGGUGUUGCAUUGGGCAUUGGGUGCCUGUCUUCUUUGAU